AUGAACAUGCCACUGCAUCAAAUCUCUGUCAUUCCAGCUCAGGAUGUUACCUCUUCUAGAGUCUCCAGGAGCAAGACCAAAGAAAAAGAGGAACAGAAUGAAAAGGCUUUGGGGCAUUCCAUGAGCCGUUCCAGUAACAUCUCAAAGGCUGGAAGUCCAACCUCUGUCUCUGCCCCUCAUAGCUUUUCUCGGACUUCUGUUACACCAUCCAACCAGGACAUCUGCAGUUCCAGUGCAGUGUUUUCUGAGUGUUGUCAUCACAGUCCAGUGCAGUCUGCUGUUGUCUUGAAAAGUCCUCACUGCCAGAGCCCUCUGACACAAGGGGUCACUGUGACAGUAAUCUGUCAAGAUACGUUACAUGCAGCAAAGAGAAACUCCCGUGGGCAAGAUCGGGGCCAGGCACUCAGGUCUGCUAAGAAUGUAAAGCCCACCCGCACUCUGAAAUUCUCCAAGUCCCUCAAUGACGUGGACCAGAAGGCGCAGAGCACCAGUGAGUGCUUUGACUAUGUGGAGCGGACACGCUCAGAAGGCAAAUUGACCCCGACUCAAGAGCAGUGUUUAAGGAUUAACAAAUUUCAUCUUAAAGAGAGGAAACCACUGAAUCUCAGGCCUCUUUCUUUUAGCAGUUCUAAGCGCUCCUAUAUCCCUUCCCUUUCCAACUACUCGAAUGCAUCGGGAGGAGCAGAGAACCACAGUGCUGUACAUAUCCCCUUGCUGGAGGAGAAAGUGGACCAUGACACCUCGAGGAGCAAAAAACUGUUGCGUUACCUUUUUUCCUUCUCCCACACCUCCAGCACCAGCAGCCUGCAUAAGUUCCAUGAACUAGAGAGCUAUUCCAGUCACUUCCAAGCUGAGAAAUCCUCCAGUGUGCUGGUGGAAAGCACGGACUUCUGCUCUGAUGAUAUGGGAGAUGAUGACGUCUUUGAGGACAGCACCUCAGUGAAAUCCAAAACGAAAGAGCAGCGGGCACCGCUCUGUUCAGUUGAGAAGGACAGUGACCUUGACUGUCCUUCCCCCCUCUCAGAAAAAUUCCCCCCUCUCUCCCCUGUUUCCGCAUCGGGGGAUACCUGCAGGAUAUGUCACUGUGAAGGAGACGAUGAGAGCCCUUUGAUUACCCCCUGUCACUGCACAGGAAGUCUUCAUUUUGUGCACCAAGCCUGCCUGCAGCAGUGGAUCAAGAGUUCAGACACGCGAUGCUGUGAACUGUGCAAAUACGAGUUCAUCAUGGAGACAAAGCUGAAGCCUUUGCGAAAGUGGGAGAAGCUGCAGAUGACAGCCAGCGAGAGGAGGAAGAUCAUGUGCUCUGUAACAUUCCAUAUCAUUGCCAUCACCUGCGUUGUGUGGUCGCUCUAUGUCCUGAUAGACAGGACUGCUGAAGAGAUUAAACAGGGACAGGCUACUGGAAUUCUAGAGUGGCCAUUUUGGACUAAACUGGUGGUUGUGGCUAUUGGUUUCACUGGAGGACUUCUGUUCAUGUAUGUACAAUGCAAAGUGUACGUACAACUGUGGAAGAGACUUAAAGCUUAUAACCGAGUAAUAUAUGUACAAAACUGUCCAGAGACUAGCAAAAAGAAUAUUUUUGAAAAACCUGCACUAAUGGAGCCAAACUUUGAAAGUAAAGAAAUGCUUGGAGUUCACCAUUCAGACACAAACUCUUCUCAUUACACAGAGCCAGAAGACUGCGCUGCAGAAAUCCUUCACGUCUGA